AUGAGCCGACUGCGCUUGCCUAACCACCUGCGCGCGUCGGCUCGUCCCAUCGCUGUCAGCGCCUGCAAUGUCAACUCGGCUCGCCCCUUCGCCUCAUCCUCGCUCCUACGCAAAGACGGCGACGAACCACAAGGACAUCUACCCGGCCAUCCAUCCUCGGUCUUCCUCACCUCGCUCAACGAUAGCUUCUUCGACAGUGUCAAACCCAAAACCCUCUCCGGCAACCAGAACGCCAAAGGCGGCAUCCCCACCUAUCGACUCAUGGACGGUGUCGGCCGCCUCCUACCUGGAGUCACAGACGAGAUGGUCUCCAUCACACAAGACGAAGCGGUCAAGAUGUACCGCACCAUGCUUCUGCUACCACAGAUCGACGUCAUCCUCUACAACGCGCAGCGUCAGGGUCGAAUCUCGUUCAUGAUGACUUCGUACGGCGAGGAGGGCGCCGUGAUCGGAAGCGCUGCUGGGCUCGACGCCAAAGACGAAGUGUUUGCGCAGUACAGAGAGUCCGGUGUGUUGCUGUGGAGGGAUUUCUCGAUCGAUCAUUACAUGUCGCAGGUGUUUGGUGCAGAGGACGAUCUGUGCGGCGGAAGGCAGAUGCCGAUCCACUUUGGUAGCACGCAGCAUCACUUUCACACCAUCAGCAGUCCGCUAGCGACGCAGAUCCCACAGGCGGCAGGUGCAGGGUACGCGCUCAAGAGGACAAAGGGGAGGGAGGGCAACGUGGUCAUCUGUUACUUUGGCGAAGGUGCUGCGAGCGAAGGCGACUUCCACGCCGGAAUGAAUCUCGCUAGCACGACAAAGAGUCCGGUCAUCUUCUUUGUCCGUAACAACGGCUACGCCAUCUCCACACCCGCAGCCGAACAGUUCCGCGGCGACGGCAUCGCCUCUCGUGGUCCCGGCUACGGCAUGCUCACCCUCCGAGUCGACGGCAACGAUGCACUUGCCGUGCGCUCCGCCGUGAAAGCAGCCAAGUCCAAAGCCCUGUCGGAACAGCGUCCCGUGCUGAUCGAGGCCAUGACCUAUCGAGUCGGCCAUCACUCGACAUCCGACGACUCCUCCGCCUACCGUUCCAAGCAAGCCGUGGAAAGCUGGAAGCAGAUGGACAAUCCUUUGCACCGCAUGCGCAACUUCCUCACCGAUCGAGGGUGGUGGAACGAUACGCUGGAGGAGGAGACGAAGACGCAACAUCGAAAGACGGUCAUCGAGGCGAUGGGAAGGGCGGAGAAGAAGAAGAGGCCACAGCUGAGCAGUCUGUUCGAGGGGACGUACAGGGGUGAGAUGCCAUCGAAUCUGAAGGAGCAGCGCGCAGAGCUGGCCGAGUUGCUGGAAAAGUACGGGUCGUUGCCGGGUUGGUCCAAGGAACUGGCCAAGCAUGCCAAUGCGGGUAAGGAUAUGGAGCAGUACAGGGAGAAGCGGCAGAUGUAG